CCUCACCGCAAGUAUCGCGAGAAAGGUGGCAGUGCGAUAAGAACUGCUCCAGGCAAGACAUAGCAAUAUUCAUAUUAAGCAACAACAACAACAAUCUUUAGGAAAAUGAUACUUUGGUGUUGUAAACAGAGAGAAUGAUGACACGCGUGCCGCCUUUACUUGCAGAUGAGCACACCGGGUUGUGAUAAACAGGAUGUGGCCACGCCUCUAUGGAUGCACAUCAGACGAUGAGGAUGGCAAAGACCUUAUGGGGCCGAGCUCAGCGUUUCACUUCACACUCAUCUGUAAAUUAGAAGACCAAUGUGCUGUGUUUGCUCCAGUUAUUUACGCCAGCUGUGCAGUCACUUUAGUUCUCUGCUGUGCGUUUGAAGUGGUUUGACAAAUCGACGGUCAGUCAGAAUCGGCCUUUCACCAGGAUGAACGGCUCUCUUUUAACCCCUCCCAGCCCACGGGCAGCCAACUCUUCUCCUUUACCCCCGUCUCCCUCCCCCUCUCCAUCCCCUCCAUCACCUUCUCUGUUGCCUUUGUCCCCUAGGCCUCCCCCUCUCCCACCUCUGGUGAGCCCUCCACCACAGGCUCACCUGUCCUCACUGUCUGACACCCCUACGCCGUCCCCUUCACCUUCCCUGAGCUGGACCGAAUUCUGUGAGCUCCAUGCCCGUGUCGCUGCCGGCGACUUUGCACGCCACUUUCGGGCUUUUCUUCUGGAGAACCCCCACUACACAUCGGACUCGGCGGCUGCCUUCUGCCGCCGCUUCACCGACCGCUUUGUUCGCCACUUCCAGAGUGAGCUGGAGGGGGCGCUACCCCCGAGCUGUGCUUCAGGGCGCGAUGACAUGGUGAGCUGGGCUCCCCCCUCAGACGCUACUUCCUUGGAGGAGGAAGCAGUGUCGCCCCUGUCAGCAGCUGGGGGGACGGCCCUUCCAUGCCCCUCCACCAACACAUCGCGAGCCUCUUCCAAGCCUGCACCGACACGGCUGGUGUUGGAGAACCGCAGCGGGGACAGAUUUCAGGAUUCUUAUGCACAUGGACAAGUCCUUCCUCCAUCGUCAUCAUCGUCAUGCUGCUCCUCGGUGGGGGGGAACAACGGGAGGCGUGAGGAGAGGGGUGCUAUGCUCGGCCCGGGAAAUGGGGAAGCCCCUGUGGAGGAAGAGGAGGACAGCUGGCUUGGGGUGGCGUCGGUUGGGGAGGAUGUGGAGCCAGAAGAACGAGAAAUGGAAUCCUCAGAGGUCGGACAUGGAGACCCCUCCCACACUCCUCAGAUCCCUCCUUCCUCCAUCACUCCUCCACCCGGCUCCAAAGGUAACAGCACACCCAACUCCUCCAAAAACAAGCUAAAGAAGCGCUUCUCCCUGCGGAACGUGGGCCGCAGCGUGCGGGGCAGCGUCCGCGGGAUCCUGCACUGGCGAAGCUCCUCCAGCGACUCGGCUCAGAGCCAGCUGCCCUCCAGCUACAGCUACACCAUGGGUGUUCAGGACCCUGCCAAGAGAAACUCUGGCACACAGCCUCCUACACCCACCUCCUCCAUGCCUGUAUCCCUGUCCAUGCCCCUCUCUCUUCCUCACUCAUCCUCCUCCUCCCUGCCCCCCUCAUCCUCAAGCAGCGCCACCUCCCUGUCUCUGUCAGAAGUGGCUCGGGAUCGCCGGCGGAGCAACGGUGAAGGAGGGGAGAAGGACAAGUGGAGCCAUCGUCUGGAGAAACUCCGAUUAUCCCGAUCGCCUCCUCCCGUCCUCACGCCAGCCACUGCCGGCUCUCACGCCGCCACCUCAACGCUGCCUCCCAGUAGCGCUGCCCCCAUGGGGCCUCCGAGGAAGGUGGGCCGGCUGGUGCGUGAGGGCGGGGUGAGUGUCAGCUCCUCCAGCGACGAGUUGAGCGGAAGCCACGGCUUCUCCGGUUUUUCGUUUGGUCUCCUGCAUCACGGUACAGACAACAACACCACUGCCUCAGCCUCGUCCUCAGCAGCCCAGGCGGGUCCAGUGCAACCUCUGGCCAGCGGAGGGAACGUGCCCUGGAGGGGGGGACGCUGGCAUAAAUGUCGCCUAGUCCUGAGAGAGAGGGACAGAGAGGGGGGUGAGCGGGGAGAGGAAUACUACCUGGAAUUCUUCAUUCCACCAAAAUCAUCGAAGCCCCGGCUUACCGUCCCCUGCUGCUCCAUCGUGGACGUGAGGAGCACCACGGCGCUGGAGGUCCCCGACAAGGAGAACACAUUUCUGCUGCAGCUGGACGGGUUGGCGCAGUACGUGAUUGAAACCAGAGAUGCCGUUCAGAUGAGAGCCUGGCUGAGCGACAUCAGGAACGGCAUCUGUCUCAGUGAACAAGAAGAUGCUGAAGGAGUGUGUGGGGGACCGUUGGACAUCAGUGGGACACCUGAGAUCGGCGAGCGUCUUUCACACGUGUGUUAUGGAGGUAUUGGGGGCUCCUCUCCCCUGAUGGAUCCUCUCCCUCCAGAGCUCCCUCCUCGAGCCCCUCUCGACGAACCAGAUGGCAGGAUUCUUGGAGGAGGCGGGGCUAGUCUGGGCACGCCGUUUGCUGAGACGCCAGAUGCCACAGGGUCCUUCCUCUUCUCUGACGUGCCAACCACUGAGGCGGUGGAGCAUCCGCUCAGCGAGUGUCAGUGGUUCCACGGCACCCUGUCUCGCCUCAAAGCUGCUCAGCUGGUGCUGGCUGGAGGUCCGGCGAGCCACGGGGUGUUCCUGGUCCGCCAGAGCGAGACACGCCGCGGGGAGUACGUCCUCACCUUCAACUUCCAAGGCAAGGCCAAGCAUCUCCGUCUGUCCCUGAACGAGGACGGUCAGUGCCGAGUGCAGCACCUUUGGUUCCAGUCCAUCUUCGACAUGUUGGAGCAUUUUCGGGUGCAUCCCAUUCCUCUGGAGUCCGGCGGCGCCUCAGAUGUUACACUCAUCAGCUUCGUGGGUGCCACCGCCGUUCGCCAGCCAGACUUGACCAGCAGACCCCGUAGUCCACCUCAGCCUCCUCCCCUGCCGCCGGGCCGGCCGCCGCCGCCAACUCCGCCCCAGGAGAGAGGAACUGAAACAGAGCUGGGAGCAGGAGCAGGAGGAGGAGUGCCUGUGGCAACCAUAGGAGGAAGUGGAGAAGGAGGAAGUGGAGGCAGUGGAGGUGGUAGUGGAGGAGGAGUGGAGGACUGGGAGGAGAGGGACAGGGACACUCCUCUCCGCCAACUAGAAGCUGUGGAGGGAGAAGAGAGGGACGGGACGAGGGCCCCCCGAGCCAUCGAUAACCAGUACUCCUUCUUCUGAUGAGGAGGAGGAGGAGGAAGGUGUAUGUGUGUUUUUGUGUGUGUGUGUGUGUGUAUGAAAGUGAGAUUGGAUGAGGCGCCGUACAUCAUAGCCAUUCAUAACCAGUAUUUUAUUUUGUUAGCAAGGUGGAAGAGAAGAGGAGAAGGAAUAAAUGUACUAACACUAUGAGACAGAGAGCAGAGACGGGUGAGAGCAGCUUUACGCGCUAGCCGGCGCUACAUUUCUGUACGUUGUUUUUACGCCUCACAGCCGUGAAGCCAGCAGAGCCCCCCUCAUACCUCACAGUGGUCCUGCCAAGCUAGCACAUGCUAGCCAGAGGCCAAAAUACCCCACAGACAUUUCUACUGUGGCAGACAGACCCAAAACAUCUCACCCUCUCUGGUUGUCCGACCACCAAGGCACCGAGUUCUGGAGUCAAAGAAAAACAUCUAAAAGCAUCUUCUUCCUUCCGCUGGUUGGAAAGUGACAGCUGAUUCCUCAUCAUCCCAUCCCACUUUUAAACUAAAAUACACUAAAUAUUUUUGUUCUGUCAAAAUUAAACGAUCAUAUCUGCCGUUUUACAUGGUCCACCUGUGUCAAACACGACCUGGAAAAGCCUUUAAACUCUCACUCGACAAAACAGCCUCGCAUGUUUACAAUCUGACCACGGCGACACUAAAGGCUGUUACAUACGCUGCAAGAAGGAAGUUUUUUUCUUUUCUAGAGGACACGAGAACAAAAUGAUGUAAUCUUGCUCUCUUGGACGUGUUUUGGGACGUUUUGUGGUUUGUUCUCGACACAUCAGCCACAGAGAACUUUUUUCUUGUGGGGCUCUGCGAAGUAUUGUGUGAUUGGUCUGACAUUUGAGGUGGGCGUGGUUAAUGUGGAAAA